CCUUCCAUCACCAAAUCGGUGGACAUUAGCUAUGCAGGCACUCAACACGUCAUCUUUCUCUUUACUCCCGCAAAACCCUAAACCAUUUUCCCUUUCUACAUUUUCAACCUUCAUUUGCAGAGCAUUUUCCAAAUUCCCCGGAGACUCAAACUCCGACGACUCACCGGACGAAAUUACCGGCCGGAGGUGCAAUUACUCCGGCGUAAAGCUAGAAGAAACAGUAGAUGGAAAUACUGGAAAGCUGAGAUUAGAUUGUUGGAUCAGUUCCCGUAUUGACGGCGUUAGUAGAGCUCGUGUUCAGUCAAGUAUUCGCUCUGGCCUUGUCUCCGUUAAUGGACGUGUUACUGAUAAGGUGUCACAUAAGGUUAAAGCUGGGGAUAAGGUUAAUUGUACAAUAGCUGAUUUGAAGCCUUUAAGAGCUGAACCAGAGGAUAUACCCUUGGAUAUAGUGUAUGAAGAUGAGCAUGUGCUUGUCGUUAACAAGCCUGCUCACAUGGUAGUUCAUCCUGCACCAGGAAAUGCUACUGGGACGCUUGUAAGCGGAAUUCUUCACCACUGCAGUCUUCCCACUUGUUCAUUCUUGGGCGAGGAAGUGCUUUCUGAUGUGGAGGAUGCUUCUGAUGAUGAGUUGAACGUAUCUCCUUACGACUCUUCUGUUAUGUGUGAGCCAUCUGUUCGGCCAGGAAUUGUGCAUAGGUUAGACAAAGGAACAAGUGGAUUGCUUGUUGUAGCGAAGAACGAACAUUCUCUUGUCGAUCUAGCUGAGCAGUUUAAGAAACAUACCAUAAAGCGAGUCUAUGUCAGCAUUACUUGUGGGGUACCAACCUCAGUUUCAGGACGCGUUGAUAUUCCAAUUGGCCGUGAUUCUAAUAACAGAAUCCGUAUGGCUGCUAUCCCUGGAUCACCUAAAAGUGGAAAAAGCCGUCAUGCUGUUAGUAGGUACAAAGUAAUCGAAGAACUUGCUGGGGGUGGCUCCGCAUUGGUUGAAUGGAGGCUAGAAACUGGCCGUACUCAUCAGAUACGUGCUCAUGCAAAGUACCUAGGUAUACCUCUGAUGGGUGAUGAAGUGUAUGGAGGUACAAAGAACAUGGCCCUUUCGCUUCUUCAGCCUAAAACGCCACCAAGGUUUCAUGGGAAGCUUUCACAAUUGGUUUCUCGAAUUGAAAGACCUUGUCUCCAUGCUUUAACCCUUGGAUUUAGGCAUCCAUUCACAGGCGAGAAUAUACACUUUACGCGGUUGCCGCCUCCUGAUUUUGCUGAGAUUUUAAGCGAGCUACGUGCCAUUAACACUGAGAAGGUUACUCAUCCAAAGUACUACUAAUUCUAGUUUUUAUCCUUCAUGGCUCACAAUGUGAGUAAUCUACUUUCAGGUAUUGUGAAUUCAACAUGAUGCAUCGUUUUGAAUGAAUACACAUGCUAAAGGAGCCGUAGAUUCUUCGAAACUAAUCAACCAAAAGUUCUUACAUACGCUGACAGCUCAAACACAGUUUUGAUAAUGUAAUAGAUAGCUAUCAUGAGUUUAUUACGGUAGAUAUUUAUUAGGUAGUCGAAGUGUUAUCGUACUUCUAGUAAUAUAAUUUAGGUAUCACGUAAUUUCCUUUUAUCCAAAGUAAUAUCUAUUGCUAUACUUGUUUUUUUA